CCUUGGGCUCCUGUGCUGGGUGGAAUUCACUUGCCUGAGUGAGCCUGUGGACAGAAAGAGAAAGGAAAAGAAAGGGAGGAGGCACUGGAACACUGUGUGACCUUAGGCUGUCGCUCUCCUGCCAGGGAGAAAGGAAAGAGACACAGCAGCUGCUGUUGCUUCUCAGGAACUUCCAUCAAGAUGCCCUUUCCAAAUAGUUCGGCCAGGACCCGGCGGCACAAGCUGAUACUGGCAGCGACCAUUAUCCCCUUAGUUACGCUAGUUGUGGUUGUGUUGCUUGUUGUGAUCAUUCAGGGAAGAAAAGAGGGCCCCAAAUCAGAAAUACUGCUAGAGUGGAGAGGCAGGGGGACUACCCCACACCUGCGUGAAAUCGUCCUGGGGAGAUGUUACAACUAUGUGGCCACAGUGAACUCCGAACUCAGCAGAAAUAAAGACUGCCUCAAAAUUUGGGAACUCUUCGAAAAAGCAUUUAUGUACAAGGACCCAUGCAGCAUAACUGAGAAAGAUUACCAGCCUCUGAUGGACAUGGCAAGGCAUUCUAUCCCUUGUAAUAAGUCACUAUUCUGGAGCAAGACAGGUAACCUUGUCCAUCGUUACACUAAAGCUAAUCAGGAUUUUGUCACUUUGGAGGAUACUCUGCUAGGCUAUAUAGCGGAUGGCAUUUCGUGGUGUGGAGACCCCUCUAGCCCAGGAAUAAACUACAAGUCUUGCCCAAAAUGGACCGAAUGUGAAAGUAACCCAGGUACAAUAUAUUGGAAAAUGGCUUCCAAGAUGUUUGCUGAAGCAGCUUGUGGGACAGUCCAAGUCAUGCUCAAUGGGUCAAUAGAAACUGGUGCAUUUAGAAAUGACAGCAUUUUUGGCAGUGUUGAAAUUAGGAACUUAAAUUCGGAUAAGAUUUCCGGGAUGUACGUUUGGUUAAUGCAUGAUAUUGAUGGACCACAAAGUGAAUUUUGUGGGGGCCGUUCCAUCACAGUCCUAAAAGAGAUCCUUAAAAAGCAGAAAAUAAGAGUCUUUUGUGAAGAUAAUUACAGGCCCGUUCAAUUGCUUCAAUGUACCAGCAGUCCUGAGCACACCGCCUGCAAAGCUUGUUCAUGAUACCACGGUUCCCUGUGCUGUUUAUAUCAUUGUUCAGCUUUGUAUAAUAUGGAAUGUUGUGUGUGUGUGUGUGUGCGUGCGUGCGCGCGCGCCCUUCCACACAGCCCUAUAACCCAGAAUAUCAAGACACAAAAUCCCACAAUAUCUGCUUUGAACUAGGUUAUCUGAGUCCACACUGCCAUAUAUUCCAGUUCAAAGCAGAUAAUGUAGGAUUUUAUUCAGCUGUGUCGAAGGGCCUGCGUGCACGCAUGUGUGUGUGUGUGUUAGAAAUCUCUAGAUCCUUCGUAUGCUGGGACCAAAAGUGAGGUAAUUUUAUGGUAUUCGGCAAUAUCGGCAGUUUCAUGUAAUCACAGUCCAACCAGAAACAUAGUUCCCACAGAUAUGGGGAUUAUAAUUUCUCCCUUCCACCUACUUAAACUUGUGUAUUUAUGUGUGUAUAUACUUGGAACUAAACUAAAUGCUGGCAGAUCUUUGUAUUUUAUACCCACAUCUGCUUCCCAACCCAACUCAACAAAUUCAACAUUCAACCUGGCGAUUCAACAUGUAUGUAAAUUGUCUGAUCACUGGAUCGAUUCAACAUAAUGCUAUUACAUUAGAUUUAGCCCAUAGCACACAAAGGGUAAACCUUUCCCCGCUUGUAUCUUAAAUCUCCAAUCUUUCCCCUUAGAUCUAUUUUCAUACAGCCAUGUUUAGUAAAAGAUAAGGGUAAAUAGGGAUGAAAGCUUUGGGAACCCUCCAGGACUCUGUAGCAUUGAGACACGACAGUUAAGGUGGUGUCAAACUAUAUUACUUCUACAGUGCAAAUGCAUCCUGAAAUCUGCAAUCAAAAUGGCAAUGUGCUUGCUGAAAACCAAACUACAAUCAAAUCCUCUGCCUCCAUUGAAAUCCUGCGUCACAUGGCUUUCAGUUGUUACAUUUAUAUUUUACCCUAAUUUCUGAUCAAACAUCUUUGUAGGUAUAACAACACACCCCUCAUAAUACAAAUAAUGAAUCAGUCAUUUCAUAUUUGUUUAUAUUUGUUUUCUUUUGUACCUUGUUAAAAAAAGUUUUAUAUUAAUUUAAAUAGAACUACGUUAAUGGAAUACUCCCGUCUUAAUUUAAAAAGUUCACAUCUUAUAUGUUCCCAUUUUUCAGAAACAAUUAAAUCAUGUUUCUUGGACCAAUGUA